AUGUUGGUGUUUGAAGGGGACACAAAAGUGAGGCUGGUGAAUGGUGGCAGACACUGUGCUGGGAGAGUGGAGGUGAAACACCAAGGCCAGUGGGGGACUGUGGUCUCCUGGGACAUGGUUGAUGGCAAAGUGGUUUGUAAGCAGCUGGGCUGUGGGUCUGCUGUUGAAAUUCCUCAGUUUGGACAGGUUGUGCCAGGAUCUGGCCCCAUUUUGAUGGGUAAUGUUGACUGUGAUAGCACCGAGUCUGACCUGUCUGCACACAUGGAAGAUGGGGUCAACAAGAAUGUGAUCACAGGAUUUGUCCAGCUGGUUGGAGGGGACAGCCCCUGCUCAGGACGUGUGGAGAUCCAUGAUGGGAACCAGUGGCGAUCUCUCUGUGACUCAGACUUUGAUCCCAAAGCUGCCAGCGUGGUCCACAGGGAGCUGCAGUGUGGUGCAGCCCUGUCUGUGCCCAGGGCAUCUCACUUUGGAGAAGAUGAGUCGGCAUCCCUGCAGCUGGUGGAUGGAGGGAGACGAUGCAAUGGGCAAUUGGAGAUCUUCCAAUGUGGGACAUGGGCCAGAGUUCUGGAUGACCAGUGGGACAUGCAGGAGGCCCACGUGGUCCGGCUGGUGAGCGGCCCUGGGCGCUGCGCCGGGAGAGUGGAGAUCUACUACCAGGGCAGCUGGGGAACUGUCUGCGAUGACGGCUGGGACCUGCCUGACGCGGCCGUCGUUUGCCACCAGCUGGGCUGCGGGGAGGCCCUGGAGGCCCGUGGCUCUGCCGGGUUUGGGGCAGGC